GCUGUGGUUCAAACAGUUAGCCAUGUGAACACCAUAGAGUGUCUGUAUUUAGCGGGCAGACUCACAAUCCGUGAGGACUGUGCUUCUUGGAAUGAGCUGGGACUAGCGGCUACACCCCCAGAACAACUUAUUUUGGAGUGUCCUGUCAGAGGCUGAGAGACGACUGGGAUACAAAGCUGCUGCUGAGGACUGUAAAUUAAAGAGCCACGUUAUGAGAUCAGCUUGGCAUUCUCUCCGAACAAACGCUGCACAAGUUAUAAACACAUGAUCCCUAGAGAAGCCAUUCCACUUUCUUAUUUCUGCUCUGAUGGAUUCCCCACAAUCUUUAAUUGUCUUACAAAACGGAUUUGUAAUUACCUUCACAGCCCAUUUCAGACUCUGCUAGCUUUUCCAGCUGGCAGUUGGGCGUUAUUUCGUAACAGAGGGUCCUGUUUACUAGAGAGUGGAUGUCACAAUCUAGACUGUUCGUUUCUGAGCUGUCAGGGCUUUAAAGCUGCUCUCCCCAGAUAUCAGAGGGAGCCCAAGUGAAGCAUCAAAAAUGCUUGGAAGACUGUUAUUUUGCACGGGGUGAAGACUGCAGCAUGUAUUCCAGGAAAAUGAUUAUAAUGCACAUCAAUGCGAUGGGACACAGGGAAAGCACUGCUUCUGUGAUGAACUCCCUCUUCUCUUCUCACCGCUUGACUUUUGUUUUUGAUUCUCCCCUCCAAGUUUACAGUCUGAUUACAAGUGCCUUUUAUUAACUCUGGAAUCUGUGGAUUACUUUAGUAGAAUGGAUAUUUCUGGCAGCUGUUUGAUGUCUUUUGGGGCCAAAUGUAUAUCUGCAUUGUUUACGACUAUAAACUUCUUUCAUUUAUAAAUAAGCAAAACAGAAGAUGAAGAUAUUGUACUUGGUUUGGAAUAUUUGGGUUUCCCAAUUGCUACAUUUUAGGGUGCAAAGCCAAAAACAGCCUUGUCUGUUCUCUUCUCCUCCCUUUCCUUCCUGCUAAGAAGAUGAUUAGUGCAUACAGGCCACAAACAGAAGUAAAUAUUGUGGGAUAUCCAAGGGCGGCUUGCUGUUGCCUCAUUACUUCUGCUUGGAAUGUUUGGAAAACUUUGACAAAAACUUUGGAUAUAUCAUCUCUACUUUCCCUGGCUAUUUUGUGUGGAACUAAGCAUUACAAAUAUGAAGCGUCUCCAAGCGUGGACCAAUUCCAUUACCUUUUUCUCUCGCUUUAAUAUAUAUAAAAGGUUUGGUAAUAGUAUGCAGUCAGAUGAAGGCUCAGAGUGGCUUCUGGAGCUCCUGAGCGAGGUGCAGCUGCAACAGUACUUCUUGCGAAUCCGUGACGAUCUCAAUAUCACAAGGCUUUCUCACUUUGAUUACGUCAAGAAUGAGGACCUGGAGAAGAUCGGGAUGGGCCGACCAGGCCAGAGGAGGUUGUUGGAUGCUGUAAAGAGAAGAAAGGCAAUUUGCAAACGCAAAUCUUGGAUGAGCAAGGUGUUUAUUGGCAAGCGGCCAGAAUCAGAAUUUGCAUCUCAGCCCCAAAGUACUUUCCGGAAGCCCCCAAGCCCACCAACACUUGAGGGGCAGCAAGCACUCACUUGCUUGAUUAGUGAAAAGAACCUGUCCAUAUUUGAAAAGCUCGGGGAUGGGUCAUUUGGAGUGGUGCGAAGAGGAGAAUGGAACACACCAAAUGGCACAUUGUUUAAUGUAGCCGUUAAGUGCCUAAAGACCGAUGUCUUGACCCAGCCAGAUGUUCUGGAUGACUUUAUCCGAGAGGUCAACGCAAUGCAUUCCCUUGAUCAUAUUAAUCUCAUCCGGCUCUAUGGAGUGGUCCUUACACACCCUAUGAAGAUGGUCACAGAGCUAGCACCCAUGGGCUGUCUUCUGGAUCGUCUUAGAAAGAACCAGGGUUACUUCCUUAUCUCCACGCUUUGUCACUAUGCCAUUCAGAUUGCCAAUGGUAUGGCUUACCUGGAAUCCAAACGUUUUAUUCAUCGGGACUUAGCAGCAAGGAACAUUCUGCUUUCCUCAAAUGACUUGGUGAAGAUUGGAGAUUUUGGCCUUAUGAGGGCAUUACCCAAGAAUGAUGAUCACUAUGUCAUGCAGGAACAUCGCAAAGUUCCAUUUGCCUGGUGUGCACCAGAAAGCCUAAAGACGAGAACUUUCUCUCAUGCCAGUGACACCUGGAUGUUUGGAGUGACGCUGUGGGAGAUGUUCACGUAUGGGCAAGAGCCGUGGAUAGGUCUCAAUGGUAGCCAGAUUCUUCAUAAGAUUGAUAAGGAAGGCGAAAGACUGGUACGGCCGGAAGAUAGCCCACAGGACAUCUAUAAUGUAAUGUUACAGUGUUGGGCUCAUAAGCCAGAGGACAGGCCAACCUUUGUGGCACUUAGAGACUUCCUGGUGGAGGCUCGGCCAACAGAUAUGCGCGCCCUUCAGGAUUUCCAGGAACCAGACAAGCUCCACAUCCAGAUGAAUGAUGUCAUUACAGUCAUCGAGGGCAGGGCAGAAAAUUACUGGUGGAGAGGGCAGAACAAACGAACUCUGAAGGUGGGACAGUUCCCACGGAACACAGUUACUUCAGUAGCUGGCCUGUCUGCUCACGAUAUCAGCCGCCCUCUUAAAAACAGCUUCAUCCACACAGGCCAUGGAGACACAGUACCUGCUCACUGCUGGGGCUUUGCUGACCGGAUUGAUGAGCUGUACUUGGGAAAUCCCAUGGACCCACCUGAUAUUCUAGGCCUGGAUCAAGGCACUGCUAGACCCACCCAGCUUCCCAGCAGGUCAAAAAGGGAGCCUCCACCUCGCCCUCCUCAGCCGGCUGCCAGGGGAAAGAAACCAUCUUAUAAUACUGUCAACGGAGAAGACGAUUCAAUCACUUUGGGAAUUAAAAAGCUUUACCUUAAGAAACCAACUCCAGCUAAAGGACUCAAACUAGUCAAACCUUCAGCUCGAGUAACUGGCACUAAAGUUACUGAUAGGCAGCUGUUUGACAUAAAGAGCAACAGCUUGAGAGAAGAGGAAUUAAUAGACUUUGGAGAGCAUCUGAGUCCAAUAAGCCCAGGUUACCUUUCCCCAGCAGUGGAGCAGACUGCUCCUUCUUUAGCAAAACUGGCAAUGGAGGCUUUUUCGCUGCUUGAUAAGACUCCACCUCAAAGUCCUUCCCGAUCCUUGCCACGCCCUUUACAUCCAACUCCUGUAGUGGAUUGGGACUCAAAACCUCUACCUGCUGCACCAGCUUAUGAUGAGGUAGCACAAGAUGAAGAUGAUUUUGAAGUGUGCUCUAUUAACAGUUCUGAUGUACUUUUGACCCAGAAGGAAAAAGUAACAGUAAAUUUGCUUCAGAGGGCCAGAGAAAAAGGUGAGACCAACUAUGGUUAUGUAAAGGAAGCGGAACGUUCCAGCUGCAAGGGAAAAGUCGAAGACAAUCUCUUCCUACCUCCAAAAGAUACUAAGCAAGCCAGCUUUUCACAGACAUCAGAGAUCUUUGAAGAACUGCAACAAGAAUGCAUGAAGAGACUUAAUGUUCCUCCUUCCACCUCACUGGCAUCAACUCCAAGCCCUAGCACCUCAAUAAUAAACAUAAAUGUGACCCCUUCAGAGGACAAACCUCAGAUCCCUCCCCGGAUUCCUAUACCUCCUAGGCCUGCCCGACGUAAUGAACAUGAAAGGUGGUCUGGUGAACUUUCACCUGCCUUUGCUUCGGAGGAGAUUGGUCGGCCUCCUCUGUUGCCACCUAGGGACCCAUUGUCUCAACCCACUUCUAGAACUCCAAGUCCCAUGACUUUUCAGGUGGGUUCCCCACAGCAAAGAUCAAACCUUUGCUCACCUUUGUCUAUUGGCGCCUACCUAUCUACAUCUCCAGGAAAACCGAUGCCUACCACACAGAGUUUUGCAUCUGAUCCCAAAUAUGCUACCCCUAAAGUCAUACAAGCUCAAGGAAAAGAUCAAGUUAAAGGUCCUUGUAUUUUGCCUAUUGUGAAAGAUGGCAAGAAGGUCAGCAACACACACUACUACCUUCUGCCUGAGAGACCUUCAUAUUUGGACAAAUAUGAGAAGUUUUUUAAAGAAGCCCAAAGUCCAGAGGAAUCUUCAGUUGUUAGGAAUAUCACUACAGCAACUGUGAAACCUAUGGUUCAACAAACUGAUUAUAAAGCUAACUUCUCAACCAACAACAGUAACUGUUCUUCGAAGAGUACUGUAAAAACCUCUUGCAGUUCGCAGAAGAUUGUUUACAAUGGAACAGAUUACAUCAGGCCUGGAGACAAAAUACGACUGGUUCAGGAUAUGGUUCAUGGAGUGACAACGGAGGAAUGUCAGACAGCUUUACAGAACCACGGCUGGAAUGUACAAAAAGCAAUCCAGUAUUUAAAGGUUGAGCAACUGUUCUGCCUUGGGCUGAAGUCCCGAACAGAGUGUCACAAAGUACUGGAGAUGUUUGACUGGAACCUGGAAACUGCCAGUUCCCACUUACUUGAAUCGUACAAUGGGAUACAGCAAAAGCGAUGAUACUGUGCCCUGGUGGGAACGCUUCUGGCAUUAAAUAACUGCACAACAUAACAAUCUGGAUCUGUCUACUCUAAAUAUCCAGCUGCAGAAGAAGUGCAUUCUAUAUGUGCAGCAGCUUCUGAAUCUGCAAGCAUGGCAGCUUUCUUCCCCCUGAGGGGUGAACCGACCCAGUGUUCUGCUACAUAGACUCAUGUUAAUGUUGCAUUUUUUCUUUUAAUGUUUGUUUUUUUCUUCCUACCCCAUUGUUCAGUCUGUUAACUCAUUGUUUUUAUAAAAAAGAUGUGUAAUUUUAAUAUAUAUAUAAAUAUCUUUCUCUAUAAAUAUAUAUAUAUAUGAAUAUAUAAAUAUAAGAUAUAAAGUUUAUUUGGAGAAAAGAAAAUAUGAAAGAUAUUGAAAUCUGACAUUAUUUACUUUACAUUCGAACAUACAACAAUAUACCAUUCAACUAAAAUGAAGGCAGGUUUCGUUUGGAUAAGAAAUAUGUCAUACCCUACAAAAUUGGCAGGCAGUUAUAAGGUGAAAUACAACCUUUACUAGUACAUGGGAAAGCCUAACAUGUCUCGUGACUAAAGGGGCACUUAAUCAUGGGCUAAAGGUCAGUUUUUUUUAAACUUCUUGCUAUAGGAGUUUUGGUCAAUUGCAGAAGAAUUUACAACCACCAAUUGCAAUGCGCCAUACAAUACUUCAGGUUGAACUGGACAAAUGGUUGGACUUGAUUGACGUGUGUUUUUUUCAGCCUUAACUACAUGAAAAAAUCUACCUCCAUAAGAAAAGCUGUUGCAGAGGCAUACCAUAUUUAAAGGACUGCCUUAUUCUGACGUUCUUCAAACUGAGGACAAUUAUUUCUUCAUUUGCACAUCUACCUCACAGGCUCAACAAAUGGCUCAAGCAAGAUCUGAAUCAAACUGGAGCAGGAGCAGGGGAUGAGAGGCAGUUGUGACACCCAUGGCUUUGGGGUUGCCCCCCCCCCUACACCGGAGGCUUUUUCCGGCUUGUGACCUGCUGGGAUUGCAUAAUGCAACCUAAAUUCAGACCUGUACAAAUAAAGGGACAAUUGUAUAAUA